UGUUCCCACACUGUAAGAGGGUUGAAUUCGGAGUCACAUCCACUGGCUGCUGUUCAGGAGAGGAUAUCACAGGAAAGACUGCAAACAUGGUUGAGAAUUUCGUUGGGACGUGGAAGAUGGUUUCCAGCGAGAACUUUGAUGACUACAUGAAAGCAAUUGGUGUGGGAUUUGCAACCCGGCAGGUGGGGAACCGGACUAAGCCCAAUUUGGUAGUGGCCGUGGACGACCAAGGAAAUGUAUGCAUGAAGUCUCAGAGCACCUUCAAAACUACUGAAAUCAAGUUCAAGCUCAACGAGCCUUUUGAUGAGACCACCGCCGACGAUAGGAAGACAAGGACCGUGGUGACUCUGGAGAACGGCAAGCUUGUGCAGAAACAGAGCUGGGACGGCAAAGAAACGAAUAUCGAGAGGGAGAUCUCAGAUGGGAAAUUGAUAGCGAAAUGCAUAAUGGGAGACGUGGUCGCGGUGAGGACAUAUGUGAAGGAGGCAUGAUGGGGUCCCUCCUCGGCCCACUCCUUGGAUGCAUUGCUGGAUGACAGGCUCAGUUCAAUGAGCGCAAUACCAAACUAAAGUAAUGGCGUGUUCAGCUCUUCUUAUUCUUUAUCUUCACUGUGUUGCCAAAAUCAAAUUUCCGUGCCUCUGUUCUCCAACAUGACACAUUUGGUUUCAUUUGGAAUUGUUGUGGUGAUUUGAAUAAAAAUGAAUGAAAAACUGUC